AUGAUGCCGUCGGACUCUUGGAAAAGCAACGCAGGCAGAGGAAGAGCACGCGCCCCGGCGUCGGAGGAGGCUUGGCAGGAGAUGGUUGUUCUGCUGCAGGCGUGUUCCGCCCGAGCCAGGAGUUCGUCGAGCGCGGCCUCCCCCAACGGGGAGUUCUACAUCUGGCAGUGGCGCGUUGGCGUGCCGCACGACGCUGGGAUGUACUUGUGGAUGGACGGGUGGAUGUACGAGGGGGAGUGGUGGCACGGGCCGGGGCAAGUUCUCCUGGCCGUCGGGCCGGGAGUCACCUUAGAGGGCGAGUUCAAGGACGGCUUCAUGGAUGGCGACGACACCUACACCGCCGCCGCCGGGGAUAGGUACAAGGGCUCCUGGUCCAUGAAACUUAAGCACGGCAACGACAGGAAGAACUACGUCAACGGCGACCAGUAA